AUGAUCCUCCCCGCCCUAGCAGCCGCUGCCGCAGCCGCUGCCGUCAUCACCACCACGGCGAUGCCGCCGACCGCAACAACGCCCAGCAACACCAAUACCAAUACCACACCAACAUCACAGUUCGACCUGAACACGUUCCUCACAGCCCUGUCAGUCGUCCUCGCCGCGCUCGCCAUCGGCAUCAGCUGCGCGCUGGGCCGGCUGCAGCUGCGCGCGGCCGCCAUGCAGAUCCACGUCGCGCAGCUGCAGCUCCGCCAGCAGCGCCUCGACAAUGCACACCUCCGCCAGCACGUCGUGUGCAUCCUGGGGAGGAUUUGA